CUCCAUUUUAUUUUGCACCCAUGGUUACGACCUUUGCCAUAGAGAAGGUGACUAAGCGUCACAGUAUCAUUUAAGAAAAAGAAUUGCUUAAGGAUGCAGAUAAAAAUGGUCUUGUUAAAUUGUUCCCUCAUUGAAGCUUGAUUGAAAGAGAAGAGCAAAAGCCACGAGUCCUGGUUCUUGAACUAAGCCCACAUUUAAUGAGCUCGCCUUGGGUUUCCUUCACAGUUCCCAGUGGACCCGUCAAAAGAACGCCAUUACUCUUGUCCCCUUGACCUCCCAUUCAAUCACAGAGCAACAGGCCUUAACAAUCGCGGAACAAAAACCCUCACUGCCAAAUGUAACCUCCCAACCCCAGAGCUGUGUGGGCCACUAAUCCCGCACACAAAGCAGGCUGGGGCGCUUCUAUUCUUCGCUCCCGGGCACAGUGCGCAGCUCUCUGCUGACCCGCUCUGGAACGUCCCAGCAGCGUGCCCGGGCCCCCCCCGAUGUUUAUUUAGGAGGCUGCGGGCCCGGUGGGGGCCUCCUGGAGACCCGGCCGCGCUCGCACGCUGCAGAGGAGCCAUGUACCGGCGCAGCUACGUCUUCCAGACCCGCAAGGAGCAGUAUGAGCGCACCGACGAGGCGCAGCGCGCGGUGGAGCCUGAGCGUCCAGCGGAUGAGGGCCGGGUCGGGGCGCCCAGCCUGGCCGCGCUGCAGGGGCUCGGCGAGCGCGUGGCCGUCCACAUCCAACGAGCCCGCGCUCUUGAGCAGCGCCACGCUGGCCUCCGGCGGCAGCUGGACGCCUUCCAGCGCCUGGGCGAGCUGGCCGGGCCUGAGGACGCCCUCGCUCGCCACGUCGAGGGCAACCGCCAGCGCGCCCGGGACCUUGCAACCGAACGCGCGCGCCUGGAGAGGCAGGGCGCGGAGGCGCAGCGCGCGCUCGACGAGUUCCGCAGCAAGUAUGAAAACGAGUGUGAGUGUCAACUGCUCCUAAAAGAGAUGCUUGAACGCCUUAACAAGGAAGCCGAUGAAGCCUUGCUGCACAACCUGCGGCUGCAGCUCGAAGCUCAGUUCCUGCAGGACGACAUCAGUGCAGCGAAGGACAGGCACAAAAAGAAUCUUCUGGAAAUUCAGACCUACAUCACUAUCCUGCAGCAGAUCAUCCAAACUGCCCCGCAGCCGUCCGUGGUCACCAGCGGAAUGCGGGAGGAGAAGCUCAUGACGGAACGGGAAGUGGCCGCCCUGCGGAGUCAGCUGGAGGAGAGCCGGGAGGUGCUGUCCCACCUGCAGGCUCAGAGAGCCGAGCUGCAGGCCCAGACAACGACCCUGGAACAAGCUAUUAAAAACGCCCAUGAGUGUUAUGACGACGAGAUUCAGCUUUAUAAUGACCAGAUCGAGACCCUGCGCAAGGAGAUUGAGGAGACGGAGCGGGUCCUGGAGAAGUCUUCCUACGACUGCCGGCAGCUGGCUGUGGCCCAGCAAACCCUGAAGAACGAGCUGGAUCGGUAUCACCGGAUCAUCGAGAUCGAAGGCAACAGGCUGAGCUCUGCCUUCAUGGAGACGCCCAUCACCCUGCUCACCCCCAGCCAUGGAUCCUCCCUCAGCCCUGCGUCUGGUGGGAAAGAUCUCACCAGGGCUGUGCAGGAUAUCACGACAGCAAAACCAAGGCAAAAAGGGCUCCCCAGAAACGUCCCAAGGAGAAAGGAGAUUAUAGCUAAAGACAAAGUAGAAGAAACUCCGGAAGACACACCGUUAAAAGAUCCGGAGGAUGCCAAGCCGGUGCAGGUGAUACUUAAAGAGGAAGGCGAAUCCAAGCUGGAAUCAUGGGGUGAAGAAACUAGUGUCCCGACACAAGAGGGGGCCCCAGAGGAUGUGCCUGAUGGAGGGCAGAUAAGCAAAGCCUUUGGGAAACUCGCCAAAAUGGUCAAGGAGAAACUGAGAAGCCCCAAAGAGCCCGAGCCCCCUGCUGAGCUCUACACCAAGGGGCGGUACGUGCUGGUCACAGGGGACGCCAGUUACGUGGACCCAGGGUUCUGCUCUGCCUCCAUCCCGGCCAAAGGUGGGGUAGUGGUUUCCAUCGAGGAAGACUCCGUGCAGCGUGAUGGCCAUGCAGAGCCCUCUCCUGAGCAGCCCAAGCCCCCUGUGGACAUUGGACAAGGGGAUUCCCAGGGGAAAGAAGAUGAACCCCCCAACAGCCAGAAGACGACGGACAAGGAGGAUGAGAAGAACACCGAAGAACAGAAAGGCUCUGAGGAGAAACAUGAUGGCCAGAAGGAGGGAGAAGGGUCCAGGAAACCCUGUCCCACAGUUACCCCUGGUGCAGAGGGAUCGUCUACACCCCAAUCUCAGAAACCGGCCGCCAAUCAGGAUGGAUCCGAGGGGCACGGGACUAGGAGCAGCAGCCCGCUAGAAAAAACCCCUCCCAGAGCCUUGGCUUACAAGAAGGAGGUGGUGGAAUCCAUUGAGAAGAUUUCAACCGAGAGUAUUGAGACGUAUGAGGAAACCUCUGUGAUAGUGGAGACCGUGAUUGGCAAGACAAAGGCAAACAAGAAAUUGGGGGAGAAGGGUUCUUAAAUGCCCAGGCCUGAUGAGAAAAAUGUCUUAGGGGUCAUGUAGGGGACAUGCAUUGAUAUUUUAGAGCAUAUGAUA